GACUAGGUUUCAUUUGUAUGGGGGCGCCACUAGUUUCAUAAUUAGUAUGAAAUAAUGUUAGUUCCUUGUUUGGCCACCAGAACAUUGUAAGUUUGUGGCCCUAAAUCGGCAGGUUCGUUUCCGCUUGCGCGCGCAUCGUCCUAUUGAACUUUUCCAUUUAGGUGCCUAAACAAUAAAACUAUUCCGUCGAUGUCAAUUGUAUAGGAACAUAAUUAAUACUUAUUAAAUUAUUAACAAAUGGCCAAAUGUUGCGCUAUCGAGCAAACCCCAAGACCUCAGCUGAAUAUCCAGUUUCAAGAGUUAAAAAUUAUUUCAUUGACCAUCUUUAUCAUUUUAUACGUAACGCACAUCGUGUCACACUGUGCCGCGUUACUAUUGGACCCGAGCGAAGAAGACCUGAAGAAACUUAAAGUGAAUAAUGUGCCAGAAUUCGAUCGAAGCAUCCACACUCACGUCAUCGAGAAUGGGAGGUGUCACCUGUGCAACAUUUACACGAGCAGCAAGAAAACAAAACACUGCAGCAUUUGCAACAAGUGCGUCGACCGCUUCGACCACCACUGCAAAUGGUUGAACAACUGCGUCGGCCAGAGGAACUAUGCUGCCUUCAUCACUGCCGCUGCCACCGCAUUGUUCAUAUCCAUGUUCACGUCAUGUUUGUGCCUUACAGACAUUAUUCUAUUCCUGUCGUACCCACAAAAGUUAAGCGUAUCCGCACAGCAAUUUAUUAACUGCUCGAUCUACGAGGCGACCAGUUACAAUAAGUAUUGUAAAAACUCUAUAUGUUUUUUAGUGUUUCUUAUUGUACUGUGUGUAAGUGCCUUUGCAAUAGCAUGUGCCUUGUUGCAUCUGUGUUGUUUUCAUGUUUAUAUAUGGAUUUUAGGUGUAUCUACGUACGAAUACAUUGUUAAAAGUGGAACACCCGAUGCUCCAAGAAUACAAUGCAUCCCUAACGGGUGCUGUUGCAGAAAGAGAUGUACAAAGAAAUUGUAUCAAAUAAAAAAGAAUCAGGAUACUGAGACGGGUUCAGAAGAUCCAGGAAAAACUGUAAAUAGCGAAGCAAAUGUCAGCAACCUGAUUGGUAUUUUAAUUAAUCAGGAAUUGGAUAAAGCUAAAAAGCUGUUCCUGUAUGACAAAAAUAAGAUACAUCCUGAAAGUGAUAUUGCGGAACGGUAAAAGAGUUUGGGCUGAAGACACUGGGUAGGUAAAGCAGGCCACUUCUGGUUAAGAUGACCCCAGGAUUAGUGGUGUACUGGAAGAGAGGCAGUGCCAGUUUUAACAGGCUGAAGGUCUUAAUGAAUCAAAUCAGAUCGACUACGAAAGUGGGAUUUACCCUUGUAUAGACCAACCAAGAGUGAAAGAGAUGGCAUUAUGGCGUCAGUCGCCAGUUGGUAUUGCGGCUACUAUAGUGUAGUCUGACAAAAAAAGAGAUGAAAUAAUAAAGUGGCAAUAUUGUAGUGUCGUCCCGUUUUCUUAUAUAUAUUGAUUUGAAAGUGACAACACUAUUGUAUUGCCACUUUUUAAUUUCUACUCUCUUUUGUCAGACUAGGUAUAACUAGGAACUUUUUUUUGGAUCCUAAGGUCAGAAUGCCAGUUGGGACUAUAUUAAAUAACAGGGCCUAAGUAGUCAUACACCGACUAGACGACGAUACUCAGGAGACACAAAUACGAAAUGUUAGUAUUUGUGGUUGACAGACCUGACAUUCCAUUUAACUUAAUGAGACAGCAAUACAAUUAGGUAUAGAUGGUCAAACAAAUCUUGUCAGUAAAAAAGGCGGGAAAUAUAAAAAAUGUAGGCGCGAAGGGUUGAAAAUUUGAAUUACGCGCCUUUUUCUACUGAUAAGAUUUGCUUGACCAAGUAUACUUUUCAUUCUAACUACAAUUGCGUCUCUGCACGAUGCUGAUAACUAUUAAAUACCUAUUGGAUAUUAUUAUCCCUGUCAUUUUACCUAUAUUUUAAGGUUAAGCUAAAACAAUAAAUUUAACGGGUUAAAAACCGAGUUUUUGUACUUAGCAAUUGUAUAAUGUGACUUAAAAAUAAACGUUGUGCCUUAAAACA